UCGACUUUGGCCACCGUCACUUGUGGAUUAUACUGGCACACGGACACCGGGGUUGGGAAAUCAAGCAUUGUGUGUCGAUUUGUACAGGAUCACUUUGACCACAACAUCAGCCCGACCAUUGGGGCAUCUUUUAUGACCAAAACUGUGCCUUGUGGAAAUGAGCUUCAUAAGUUCCUCAUCUGGGACACUGCUGGGCAGGAACGGUUUCAUUCACUGGCUCCCAUGUACUAUCGUGGAUCCGCUGCAGCUGUCAUAGUAUAUGAUAUUACCAAACAGGAUUCAUUUCAUACCCUGAAGAAAUGGGUGAAAGAGCUGAAGGAGCAUGGUCCAGAAAACAUUGUAAUGGCUAUUGCUGGAAACAAGUGUGAUCUCUCAGACAUUAGGGAAGUUCCCUUGAAGGACGCUAAGGAAUAUGCCGAAUCCAUAGGUGCCGUCGUGGUUGAAACAAGUGCAAAAAAUGCUAUUAAUAUCGAAGAGCUCUUUCAAGGAAUCAGUCGCCAGAUCCCACCCUUGGACCCCCAUGAAAAUGGAAACAAUGGAGCCAUCAAACUUGGGAAGCCACCCACGCAAGCCAGCCGGCGGUGCUGCUGACCCGUGGGCCAUGGUCCACAGUACUUGAAGAAGCCAGAGCCGACCUCCCAUUCUCGGCAGCCUGGCACCCCACAUAGGGAGAAGUGGGAUGCUGGCUUGGCAUCCUAGAAGACCUGCAGUGGUGGGGCAGGAACUGCCCCUGGGAAAGGCUUCUAGAAAAAUCCGCCACACUGCCACAAAAUGGCCUUUGGUGCAUGAAAUGCAAACGGGAGGGAACAGGUGUUAGGUCACGAGUACAACUGAUUUGUUAUUGUUGUUGUUGGUGUUGUUGUUAAAAACCUUAAAAUGUUCUUAAAUUUGUACAGCAGCCACAUCGGCUUAAUAUGUGUGAGAGUCCGAAGUGGUGAUCCAUUCUGAUUUCCUGUGCUCCCCAGCCCCAUUUCAUUAAGUUCUUCAGUGCCAUUGCCUCUGUUUCCUGACCAGCCUUCACUGAAAGGUUCAUUUCAUUUCAUUUCAUUUACCUUUCAAUGGAGUGUAAUUGGCCCAUCACUCAAGCUACAGACUUGAGCCGUGAUGAAGGUGGAGGAAGAUGUAUUAGAAACUGUUGUCUGCAUCUCUUUUACUUGGUGUCCGUUUUCCUUCAGUCAUAUAUAAACACACCAAAUCUGGCUAAGAUACCGCAUGCAAUUUUGGGAGUGGGAGGCCUAGUUUGAAAGAAUCAUUUACGUAGUCACCGUGUAAGCGGUGACAGAUGUAGGAUAUAAAUAUUUUUCCAGAGACUGUCUGGUAUGAUCAUCUCCACAGUAAUA